AUGCAGUACCGCCAGAUUGGUAAUCAGGCCGGGUUGGCAUUGUUUGGAGGAGUUAGCUUUUCGAAGUUCAAUACCCAUAUUUUCCAUCGUCAAGUCCCACGUGCGCCAUCAUUAUCCAUCGAUGUUUGUCGAAACCAGCGACUUGGCGGCCCUGGACUUAGCCUCGUAGACUUAGUUCUGACAUCCCACGUUUCAACACCCCAAGUCUUGGCACCUAAGGAAGCUGAACAUCUCAUCGAGAGCGAAAAUUGCUGGCAUGACUACCCUCUUCUCACAGUCCAACUCUCGUGCCAUCUCAACGGAAUACACGAGAUGGCACAUCCCGUACAGACAUGGCCAAAAGAGCAAGAAGAAAAUUUCCCAUGGUCUCACACCCCCAUUUGCACCCCCUCUCUCCCAUCCCUCAACUCCCCAUUGUGCGUCUACACAAGCACAACCUUUGCUUCUGGCCGAGGUCUAUCCAUCUUCACCACUCCAAACCUUGCCAAUCAUUUUGCCUCUCUGCCUGUAUUCCACAAUGCAUCUAUCCUAGCAGAACAAGACAUCAACGGCGACACCGGAACCUGGCGAACAGAAACAAUUCCAGGUAAAGGCAUCGGCAUGGUGGCUUCCCAUACACUUGAUUUCGGAGACCGCGUCACGUCAUACACGCCUGCGUUUCUUGCCGUCCUCGAAGAUGAGUUGGGCACCCUGAACCGCGAGAAGUGGUGGCGAAUUGCGAUUUCCCAGUUGCCUGACGGCAAGGACGGCGAGGAGAGUGUAAAAGACAAAUUUAUGGGCCUGGCGACUGUGUAUGGUGACGAGAGGGUCAAAGUGCAGGAUAUAGUCAAGGCAAACACCUUUCAGCUUGAAGUACAGGGUAUAAACCACCUAGCAGUCUGGCCAGAAACGAGCCGACUGAAUCACGACUGUGGACCAAAGUACGUUCUGUUCUAUGCCUAUGGCCAUCCUCCCUAG